AUGCAUCUUCUUCACCGAGUCAGCAUGUUCAUUGUGAUCCGAUGCUCAAUUCACCCUUCCUCUUUGUCCCGGAUUUGCUUAAGCAUAAAAGAAGAAGAUUAUUCUGUUGUUGGAGUUGUGCGCGAAUCUGAUUCAGCAUUGUUGUUGCUUGAUUGCAGACGCGUUGAGGAAGAUGAUAAAGAAAAGCGGAGUUGUUGGCAAGCUGAUAUUAAGCCAUGUCCGAUUAAAGAUGGAAGAUGGACAAAAGGCGUUGUGUUCUUUACUUCGAGCAUGAGAGAAGAAGCAGGAAGACAUAUGAAGCAAGGCUGCUACUUGAAACUUGGUUACGACAUGGGUUUUGGAGGAAAGAAUGAGCUUAGGAUUAGGUUCAGGCUAAAGAUUUUGUAUUGGUUUUUCCUAUUUGAUGUAAGGUGCCAUUUAUAA